AAGAAGCGGCUAGUUGUCAUGGGAUACCAAAGUUUAGCUGUAGACUAAUGGCACCUAAAGGGCUGCUUGUAUGUCACCAUAUUGCCCCAGGGGUAUAUUUACUGCUUUAAAUGUCAUAUGGAUAGUUAACUCGGCGGUUUUAGAGGCAAACAUUAUUUUCUACGGAAACGUGAGCGAGCGUGUGUGAUGCUAGUUUCAACACGAUGACAGAAGUCCGCCAAAGUGGAAGUCUUCUGGUCAGUGACUGGCAUCGACGCAAAGACAGCAAAGAAUAUUUCAGCACGAUAUUACAAAAGAAGAAACGAAAGAUUUUUGGUCUUCUGGAGUCUCCUCUAAUGCCUCCACAUGGGUUUGUGGACACGGUGCACUACAAGAUCUUCCUGUCGGGCAAGAGUGGUGUUGGUAAAAGUGCUCUUGCAGCCCGUCUAGCUGGUGUGAAAAUACCCAGCAUGCAUUACGAGACCACAGGUGUGGAAACGACACAGGUUUAUUGGCCAGUGAAGCUGAGAGAAAGCAGCCGGGUUCUUUUCUUUCGCUUCCAGCUGUGGGACUGUGGAGAGAACGCCUUGCGUCGAUUCGAUCAUUUGCUCCCGUCCUGUAAGGAGCAGUUGGACGCAGUCCUCCUCCUGUUCUCCUUCACAGACAGGAUGUCCUUUGACCAACUGACCUCUCAAAUCCCCAAGUGGGCUCAAACAUCUGAAGGCCGCGUGGUGACUUUGGUGGUUGGAACAAAGUUUGAUCUUUUUAUGCACUGCGACGUCACAGAGAAAGACGUGAGGGACUUUCAGGACACGUGGAAGUUACCGCUGCUACGUACAGGCGGUGAGGCCAAAGACGGGCUGGACGACGUAGCGCCGAUCUUGGACUGUCUGGCAGAGAACUUAUGGCGUCAGGAUUGUGUCAUGUCUGCGCCUGCUACAGCUGGGGGACCACUAAGUCCCACUUAAGAUGUGAAGAUUUCAGUCCUGCAGCUUCUUUCAGUUUCACAAUUAUUGGACUUUUCCCACAAAAUGACAGGAUUAUGGAUAACAAGCAUCACCGCCCACAACCACAAGGGGGCAUAUUUCUGAGUCACUAGGAAGUAUUAAUCCAUCUUUAAUCUGUCAUAUUAUUUGUACACAAUGUGUACAAGUUUGUUGCUAUCUGAUGAUACAUUACCAGGGUCAAACGUAUUUUUCCCCCCCAAAUAGUGCCAACAAAGUUCAUAUAUAAAAAAAACUAAAGAGUAAAUUUUUGUAUUUCAUACAUUCAUUUAAAUAUGACUACACAUCUGUUAGUAUUCCUUUACUUCCAGGUGUAAGGUAGAGAUUAGCUGAUGGAAAGUGAUCAGUUGGGGCAGUAUAGCUCAGUUGGUAGAGUGGCCUUGCCAGCAACUUGAGGGUUCCAUGUUCAAUCCCUGCUUCCGCCAUCCUAGUCAAUGCCAUUGUGUCCUUGGGCAAGACACUUUACCGACCUGCUCCCAGUGCCACCCACACUGGUUUAUAUGUAACUUAGAUAUUGGGUUCACAAUGUAAAAGUGCUUUGAGUCACUAGACAAAAGCGCUAUAUAAAUAUAAUUCACUAUAUAAUAAAUCAUGUUUAUUAUUUCAUGCAACCCCCACUGUCUUUAAAAACUAGUUAUGCAACGGUUUCAAACUUUGAUCAAGGAUCCCAGAGCACACCACAGUUAUGUGCUACGAGAAGCAAACGUGACGCUUUCCGAUGAUGCUACAAAUAUAUUUACCUUUUAUCACCUCAUCCUGGUUCCCAAAUGUUGGUGCUUGUGUUGAAAUGCAUGAAAGUGAACUCUAAUGGCUUUAUGACGACUGAUGAAUGCAUACAGUGCAUCCAGAAAGUAUUCUCAGCACUUCACUUUCUCCACUUUGUUUUGUUAGCCUUAUUCUUAAAAUGGAAUACAUUCAUGUCGUCAAAAUUCUACACACAUUACCCCAU